CUUUCCAAGUGCGGUAUGCAGCCGCUAUAAAUUGUUCGCAAAAUGUAUGCCGUCGAUAAAGUUUCCGAGAUAACGAGAUAAUAUUCACGAAGACGCAUUACGGGUAUGUUUUAAAGAUAUCCUUGACGUACCGCAGCAUCAGAUGAACCAAAGUCUGGAGGUUCUAGCCUUUAUAAACAGCUAUUUGCUAAAAUAGCGCACGACAAGCGCGAGCGAUAACCGCGCUACGUCCGCGACCACGGAAUUCCUUUUCAGCUAAUGUUGAGCAGUCGAUCAGUCCAUUUGAUUCCACAUUGCAUGCGAGACUCAGAAGAUCGUGCAUUUCAUUUUGAGAGCAGUGAGACUCAAUCGACAACCAGUCUUUUACCCAGAAGGGUUUUCACCCGAACGACAAGUGUUUGUGAACAAACAACUGAGAGUAUGCUAUCGAUGCAGGCCAGCUGGAGGAUGUUCCAUAAUGUCAACAAACAAAUGAGUUGUUUGUACAGCUACUUUUGUUUUGCCUGUAAAAGAUUUGGCACUGACGUCUACCAAGUGACUUGUCUCGUUUAUGUAGCUCUCUAUAACCGCACAGCUUGUGUGUGCAUUCUUCAAGGAUGCAGGCAAGCUCAUUCACCAUGCUCUUCAUAUGCCUUGGAAAGAAGCUUUUGAUUGCAUUUGAUGGUGAUGUUAAUUUUUGCAGUUUGAUGGUUUGCAAGUUAGACUGAAGAUUGCAGCAGACUUUUUUAAAAUAUUGUACAUAUCAUUAUGAUCAUUUAUUUUAUAUGCCUACGAAUAAUCAUUUUUUACAUCUGUCUGCAAUUUUUUUACGAGUUGACCUUGGAGAAGUUGCUCGCUCCGCGAGAUACAUUAGUUGCUGCAUGCUGAAACUUCAGUGCAUUGUAAAAAAAAAUUUGAGAUUGGCUAAAUUUAUUGUUGUCUCUGCAUUUGUGGGAGGUGAAAUAAACAUCGUUUUGGUAGCUUUGGAGUCCGUCAUCGAGGAGCCAACUCUACUAAUAUGAUGUUAUUGGCAAGAAACACUUGGUUCCAUGUUGUCUCAUUGUUGUCCAUGUUGUCCCAUUGGAGUAGACGCUAAUCUGUUGGCCAGAUAGACCGCUCUCCAACCCAGAUAUGGCGAAGGUUGUGUCGUUUCUGUGCUGGAAAAAUGUACAGUUCUGUUUCGACUCGUUUGCACAGCGAAAUUUGGCAGCUUAUAUCUCAAGGGUUCACAGUUUUGCUUCGGAAUCUCGGAUCCGGCUGCCAUCUUUUAGUGGGCGGAAGAAGCAACAGUUGUGCAAAGGAAGCAGCGAAAGUUUAGGUUCUUCCUUUUUUUACCUCUCUAAUGGUGGCCGCCAAACAUCGGGCAGUUUUUCCGACAGUUCGCAUUCGUCCUUCGAACUCUCCAAGAAGGAGCAACUCAUUCGUGAUGAAAGGGUGGCAAAGAAAAAUCCUGUUUUCUCUGCCCUCUCCGGCAACAGAAAGAGUCAACGCAACUCCUCCAGACCGGAGAUCAAAGUGGAGCAGAGCCGUCGUAGACACAUGUCGGGAAAUCGGCAGCUGUGUACGAUAAGCGAUGGUCCAGAUGCAAUGGAUAUGCUCUCUCUGCUUGGCAUCAGACGUCCUGAAGAGGGUCAGUAUCUGUCCUUCAGCUCCUACCUGGUGUCUGCAAAUCACAAUGCAGUUCCAGUACGGUGGUCGAAAUCUCACGACUUGGACGUGGCAAGAUCCUAUGAUGGCGCAAUACGACUGGCAACGACACCACCCAGUGCCGGAAGUGCGGACAAAAGUUUCGAGUGGAACGAAGAGGACUCUCCUCCAUGUCAUUCACAGCUUCAUUACAGCCCUCACCUGUUGGAUAAUCCAGAAUUGAAUGCUGGCAAGCACAGCACAGUUAUUGCCUUCCCAUCAUACAUAACAUCUAUCAUAGAUUAUGUGAAGCCAUCCGACCUGAAGAAGGAGCUUAACGACAAGUUUCGUGAGAGGUUUCCGCAGAUAAAUCUCACCCUGAGCAAGAUGAGAAGUUUGAAGAGAGAAAUGUGCAAAAUAGCAUGCAGUGAGUGUGGAAUAGACCUGCUGACUGUUGCCCAGGCUUACGUGUUCUUUGAGAAACUCAUUCUCAAGUUGCUGAUUCAUAAACAGAAUCGUAAGCUCUGCGCCGGUGCUUGCCUUCUCCUGUCCGCCAAGUUGAAUGACAUCAAAGGACAUGACCUUAAAAGUCUCUUGGAGAAAAUCGAAUGUGGCUUUCGUGUCAACAGAAAGGAUGUGCUAGACUUUGAGUUUGGCGUCCUGGUGGCUCUAGAAUUUUCACUUCACCUUCCAACGUGGCAAAUCUACCCUCACUACCAGCAACUCCUCUACGAGUCCUGAGGACACUCUUCUGGGGGAGGAAAGUGCUGCGGAAAGUUGGUGACGUGCCACACUUAUUGCUAGAAGUUCUAAAACUUGAACUUUUACUGAUUGCACCAUCACUACUUGGACAACAAUACUACUUAACGUACUCCUGUGGAGCCACCUUUUAAUGGCAAGCUCAUAGCCAUACUACCUUGAAACAGUUUUAUCAUUAACACCCAGUAUGUUCUCUAUGUAGGUGGUAUUUAUCUUGCGGUUGGUGUUACUCCUACAUUUUAGUGACCCAUGUUACGUGAAACCGUCUGAUGUUUGCAGGUAGAAGGUUCGGUCUUUCAUCGUACUAUAAUGAUACGUGGACUCUAGUCAACUAUUGUGCGAGUUUUGUUCCACUGUUUCAGCAGUGGUGGCAGUGUAUUAUAAGACUGUGAUGUUCUCCCAAAAUGUCCAUUUUAUUUGUGCGUCCUGUUGACUCGGUGGUGUUGCCAAAUGCUAUUUAUUUUUCCUCUAAACCUUCGUACAUCGCAUUGAUGUUGCAGAAUUUGUUAUGCCAGACUUUUGAAAAUAAUUAUCUUUCCAGUGAAGUGUGAAAUCCAAACACUGUAUACAAUGCCUAGGGAUUGUAUGGAAGGCUUUUAUUUCUUUUUAUUUUACUUGUUAGUGUAGGAAAUUUUAUUGUUUUUGGAGUGUAUUUAGCACUUUUCCUAGGCAGUCUGCUACAAUCCCCUGGGCAGACAAGAGGGGGGGGGGCAGCCAGGGAUGGUGCCCCGGGCCCGCAUGACCCAAGGCUUAUCGUAAUCAUAUAAAGAAGACAUACUUGGACAGUGUCAUCAAGACGUGAUGAAGGGGCCCGUAAUUUCUCUCACCGGCCCUGACGAUCCCUAGGCAUUACAUUGAUUGCCAAAACCUGAUUAGGUAAAGCAUCCAAGAUACUAAGAAAAACCUGCUUUAUUCACCCUAAACAAUAAAAUCACCCUUGGCCAUGAAAAAUAGAGGCUGAGUGAGUCAGAAAAAAGGAGCAUAAACAGAGGAUUAAGCAAAUGAAAUAGACAAGAGGAAUAGGAGAGGGUGAAAGAGAAGUGUUUAAGCAGCAUGCACCAAAACAUACUAUAUAUAUCCCACUUAGACUGUAAGUGGUGCACUACACAUACAAAACAAGACCAUGGAAACAAAUCACUUAAUAUUUCAAGGCACACUUUGCGUAGCUUUCCAUGAAAUGCCUUCAGUCGCCAAGUAUUGGCAAGACACUGUUGGUAUUGCCCUUAAACAACCAGCUGGCAGUGUGAUAAGCCUAAGUGAAGUUCAUGGAUGGCAAACAAUGUUUUUGGUGACACUAUAUGUACUGAGGCAAAAGGUAUGUUUCUUCUUAUGAUAAUCUCUAUCUUGAGUGAGAAAAAUGUUUUCCAGGCAAGAACACAAGCUACACAUGUGUAUGGUUUAAAUCUUGAUAGAUGAGUACAAAGUAAAAACACAUUAUGUAAAAAUAAUUACAGUGGUAUUGAUCUACUUGUUGCAACAUAGAAGACUAGAGUGACCUUUAGAAUUGCACUGCAUCUUACUUUUCACAUAACAGUGUUGCCUAUUUUGGCAUUUGGUUUUUCCACAUAUAGCUGACAAAUCCUUGGCCUAUUCAAGUAGACAGAGUGGCUGAUUGAAAUGCAAUUUUACACACAGUGAACCUUGACCUCGCACAUAGCGAUUCCAUUAUUAGUUCAUUCCAAAUAUUCCAUUAAUAGUCCUAAGAUGUCAUGUUCUGUCACGUUCACACAACUGCCAGCACAGCAAGGGAAAAUCUGUUAUGGGCACCGUGCACUAGCGAGAGGACGCUGCGGUCGCUUGAUCGGCAGCGCCACCCGUGGCGAUUUCGCACGUAACGGUCUGGUACUGGCGCCGUAUCGGCGCCUUCGCGUAUGUAGCUUUGAUGCGUACGGGUGUUUUACCUAAUUUUAUAUGUCUGCUUUGGGGCUUUUGACUCAUUAACCCUUGAGACUACUUGUGUGGAAAUGGUUUGUCACGUAAAAUGUAUGCGAUGGGGAAGCCUUUUGCACGUGGAACAUUAUGUGUCUAUGCACAAUGUGUGACACAGUGUGUAGUAUUCGUGGCCCGUAUUUACGUGAAGUCAAGUGCAUAUUUAUCUGCAAGGGACUGCCAAUUAUAGACUACACAUCAGAGACUAGCUACGUCCAGUACCUGCGCUAUGAGGACGGAAAUCUCGCACUGAAGAAUUCACAUGAAUAAUACAGUCAACAACAAAUUGGAAUAUACAUUACGAAGAUAGCGGGAAAAAAACGUUCUCGUUUCUUUCUUAUGCAUAAUCCGUUAACGUGAUGAUGCACUGUGAGGAUAAGUUUCUUAGUCAAAUAAUUCCCAAUCUUCGCUCAAGGUGGGGGAUUCCCUUUUAGCCCUAUGUGCCUGCAUUUGAUGCACAGUCAUAGUAAUAAAAAUCAAUCAGUCAAUCAAGAUUAUUUCAGGAUAUAAAUAAGGCGUGUUUUUGUUUGAAACUGGAUAUGUAAUGAUAAUAAUGUUUUAUUAGUGCUAAACAACGACCACAGCGGCCUUAGUAUAGGUGAACAUAGCGCAUCAGACACAUUGUCGCAAAUUGCAACAUAGAAGCAGCCAGAAAUAUCACGCAAAAGAAACACAAAACAAACUAUGCUAAAAAAUAAAAAAAAAUGACAAUAAUUAAGAAGAAACAGUGAGGUUGCUGUUCGACAAACGCAUGAUUACUUUUGUGUGUGUUUGCGUGUGUGUGUGCGGACGAAUAGGAAGGAGCAAAGAACCACUUGUAAACCGAGAUCACAAGAUUUGGCAACGAUAAUAAGAUCAUAGGGACAGAAUGCACCUACAUAAAAUGAUGACGGCUUGCGAAACGCAGCUCUGGGAGGACAAAUAAUUCCCUGUGUUCGCAUGCAAGCUUUAUAUUGAAGGAAGACGAGGUCCAAAUCCAGUCUUCGCCGACACGCCGCAGAAUUAGGGUCCGAGCAAAAGAGAUAAAUACUGUACGACAUAUGGCAGACACUAAUUUUAGCCAAGCUCCACGAUGUUCAUUGGUCAUUCAUUGGUGUAUUUCGCAACUUUUUCACGCCAGUUGCUGUGCUAUAAGUCCGCAUCGUGACGCUCAACUGGUCAUUGACAAAUGUACUAAGUGCAAGGAAUGAGCUCUAAGUUUGAAACAACGGAUUUGAGCGGCACGUUGGGUGGAUUGCUGUGAAAGCGCUCUCUCAAAUACGUGAUCGGCGGGACGAUACAGCGAGAAGGAAGAAAACUUUACGGCAAGUUGCCUCUCUUUCACAAUAUCUUGGUUGUCGUGGCAGAUUACCACAUAGAAUUAAUUUUCAUUUUGUCUUCUCCUUUGACUUUCUAUGCAGGCAGCUUCAAAUCGCUCUUUUCGAACGGCGAAACUAGCACAGCACUGCUAGACGCUGCUGGCUGGUACCAGGGCAUUACGCCGCGUUUCCCUUCGAGGGGCCGCUGCCGUCGAUAGAAAACUCUAGCGCACGGUGCCCAUAGUCUGUCUUCAUUUUCUUUACCUGAUGUUCGAGUUUUGGUUUACAUUCUUCUCUUCCUUCAACAGCUUGCUCCAUCUUGAAGCAAAGGUUGCGCAAAGCCAUAGCAAUAUUUAUGAUUAAAAAAUAAUUGAAACCACACCAAUUACGGUACCUCUGACAGUACAGUAGAACCUCUUUACAGUGAAGUCGGUUGGUCCACUAAAAACUUUCCUACUACAUCAGAAGUUCAUGGUUGGGGUUUCAACACAUUGGGACUGCAGGUUUAAUUCACUAUUUGCAGGUUCACUGUGUAGAGGUUGUACUGUACAAGAAGGAAAUACAGUGCAAUCCCGUUAGUUCUAACUCGAAGGGUACUGCAAAUUUGUUUGAGUAAAGUGGAGUUUGAACUAAAGGGGGCUGCUCUGAAUGAGUGCUUGUUGCAUUGACAGCACGUACUAGCUGCAUCGGAGAUAAUCACGACUCACUAUGCCCUGCUGCAUGUUCGCGGGCGUGCAAUACCGCUUAUAUAAGAGACUCAUUUGUUCCAAAGUAUUUAAUUAUUCACACGCAAGCAUCAGAACAUAUCAGUAAAAAAUAACCUGUUUUAUGAGCUUGAAUUUGUUUCAUGAGCCAACAACUCAAUCAACAUCGUUUGCAAUGUUGAGCCCAGCCCAACCACAAACCUGAAUGUGUAGUGGACGAUGGUGUUCCUCCACACGAGUCCUGACCGGAGAUGAUGGAAUCUCCCAGCGGGCAGAUGAUCGUAGCGUCACGCUAGGACGGUGCCGGUAGAACUGGCUGCCAGGCGCGUUGUCAUCGUCGACAGGUCGCCACAUCACUCCCCCCCUCAGACGCGGAGCGGUGGGUGCGGUUGAGGUCCGCGCCGAUACCAUAAUAGGAGAAUGAGGAUGACUCGUGGGUGUUGGACGACUGGACACACGACUUGUGACCGUGGCAGUUGAUGCAGCAGCAGCGGGAUGGUGGGAACAAGAGCGCUGCGAUCCAAGCGGGUUCCAGUGAUGAGAUGUGAAUGCCGGGUGCUUGACUGCUUGGAUGCUUGAGUGUUUGCUGAUUGUGUCGAGCGGGUGCCAAUGCGUUGAGUUGUGUUGUGUGAUCGUUGCUCAGCGCCAGAGAGGCUCGUCAUCGUCGUCGACAGUUCACCACAAAUGCAAAUACUGCAAACCCAAUUCGAGGAAAUGUUGGCUGUGUUGUCAGCAGGAAGGGCCUUGAUUUCACGUGUUCACGCACACCAUUACAGUGAUUAUUUCCUUGUUCCUCUUUCCACUGGCACAAGUAUCACCUUUAUAAGUAAUAUGUAGGGAAGAUACGAAGGCAGAAAAAUAGGCGAUGUCAAGUUGCCGGUGGUGAUAUUAAACGGUAGGAGCAACUUAUUUAUUUACACAUGGUAAUGAGACUCUCGUGCACGAGACUGCACUUCUUGAGGUUACAAAAAUAUGAGCAUGGUACAGGAACGUAUAUACAGUUGACCGGGAAAUUUUCAAAUGCGAGGGUAACAGGGUGAUGGAAAGGAUGCAAAUACAGGUAAAAACGAAAAGAACAUAAAUAGAAACGCAGGGGUAUCAGAAGCGCAACAUAACAAGAGUCCAAGGGAUUAGACAGGAAAUGAGAACGCAUAUAGGUGACGUUCCAGGAAUUAAGGAUAAAAAGGGGGUUAUGGCGACUGAAUAAGGACACAGGUGGCGGAGUACUUUGCACUCUGUUUCAGCUGCAUCCUCGACGCAGGUGCACAUUAGUGGCCUGGUGGCAUCACAGCAGACCAUUCAUGUGUAAAUUUCUUAUCAGUAUAUUGGCAGUAAUCUGCAGGCUGUUGGCAGUGUAGGCUGCUCUUUUCUGCUAUCUCAUCUGUUGGAUGUGCCCUGCUCUGUCAUUCAAACGCGGUCUAUUGUUAAGAGGUUAUGAGACUCACGCUUACCUCAUAACCAAAGACAACUUCACAUCUGGCAUAACUCAUCACUCCAGUGGGCGGCCCUUUCAUCUUGCAUCAAGGUUGAUCGCAUGUUUUCUGAUCCUCGAUUGGCUGUAUUGGCCAGUACGGGAUUUUUUAAUUUUUGUUUACUUCUAACCUGUUCACCACAUUACAGGGGCAAGUUAUCCCCCUUUCUCAGUUUGUAAAAUCGAUUAACCAUCAUCCAAAGUAUAUAAAUAGGUUCAGGAGAUGGUAGGCUACCUCUUCUUCUGUCUUAGACUUGAGUGGCCAGAGAACUACAGGCUGAGUGAGACUUGAUUUUACAUGAUGAAUUUGUAUUCCCCGUCAGUAUGGGAUGGGAAGUCUAGAUCCACCUGACAACAGGAAUUACAUAGAGAGAAACAUUGUCUUCGUACCCCUCCUUUGGAACUGUUGUGCUUUUUUUUUUUUAUGCAUUCACACAAGUGGAUGCUGAUUUAGCCAUGACGAGUAAUGCUGUAUUUUGCUUGAAGUUUGCUGAACAUUCUGUCCUGUCCUUUGUUGCCAAGCAUCCUCACAAAGCACACCAAAUAAGUCAGAAUACUGUACAAACUGAACAGCCUUUUACGGACAAAUUAAUUUGUUUGUAUUUUCAACAAGCAUGGCCUCGUGCCUGCUGCUGAGCACCAAGUAGUCCUGAGCUUCCUUCCUACUGGUCAACCUUUUGUACACCCUUCACCAACUCCCCCUUUGGCUAAAAAGAAACACAGCUUUUAGUAGCAUUACUCUGAACAAAAGAUAGUCCUUUAUAAAAUCGACUUUUCCUUAAAAUAACACUGUCCUGUGCUGACUUGGGUGCAACACCUCUUUCAGACAUUCUGACACACAAGCAAGCGAGCACAAGUGAAAGAAUUGACUAACAACUAGUGGCUUGAAAAUGUACAAGAAAAGAAGUACUUUCCCUACCUCAGUGCCUAUGAAAUACUUUCAUAAUUUGCCAUUCGGUUUUGUUUGGUCUACACAACACUGGUAGUAUGUUCAUUGUUAUCAUUUCUUUUGUUGUAGCACCACGCAAGAAUAUUUAAUGUGAGGUUUGAAUGCAAAAGUACUUCCACUAUACAAAUACUUCAUGUGAUGUUGGCACUACUGGAGAGAAAAUAAAUAUCAAUGUGUGGUGCUCA